AUGAGGAGCGAGUUGGGGGCGUCCGGGAAACGACUGGCCGCCCUGCUGCAUCCAACAGCCCCCCAAGGCCGGUCGUCGGUGGGCCCCCUUUCCCUCCCCUGGCUCUCUCGAGGCCGCCACAGGACCCUCGUCUACACCCCCUCGCCCACGUCUGCGGGGGCCACGACGGUCCCCGGACUUCCCGCCGGCCCACCCAGCCCCGGUCCCGGGAGACCGUCCACGGCGGGGACCAUCCCACCCAUCAGGAGCCACAAGCCCACCGUGGCGUCCCUCAGCCGAUACUCCCGCCUCCCCACCCUUCCCGGGGCCCGCGCCACCUGUCCCGACGUGACCUCCGACCUGCUGCGGGCCCUGAGCCAGGAGGAGCGGGACCUCAUUGAGCCGGUGCUGGCCCUGGGCUACCCCCUCCCCAGGGCCAUCCUGGCCCUCCAGAAGACGGGAAGACAAAGCCUCGGCCAGUUCCUCAGCUACCUCAGUGCCUGUGACCGCCUGCUGAAACAGGGAUACGAAGAGGAGCCGGUGGAAGAGGCCAUGGAGAUGUUCCAGAAUUCCGAGAGAAAGGCAGCCGAAUUUCUCCGCCUCGUGAGGCAGUUCCAAGACAUGGGCUUCCAGCGAGACACCGUCAAGGAAGUCCUCCUGCUUCACGAGAACCACAGAGAGAAGACCCUGGAGGAACUGGUGGCCCGAGCCCACUGA